AUGGCGGAGCUCCUCCUCGGGGAGGCCAAGCUGGAGCAGUACCUGAAGGAACACCCCCUGCGGCAGGGCGCCAGCCCCCGAGGCCCCCGGCCCCAGCUGACGGAGGUCCGCAAGCAUCUGACCGCCGCCCUGGACCGAGGGAACCUCAAGGCAGAAUUCCUUCGGGAGUGCAGUCUGGUCCUGGCCAAGCUGCACUACGUGGAAGGCGACUAUGAAGGCGCGCUCAGCCUCUACGCCCGGGCGGGCCUGGAGGACUGGCCGCUGACGGGCGUGCCCCCCUACCGGCUGCGCAUGGCCGCCGAAGCCUACGCCACCCAAGGACUUUGUUUAGAGAAGUUGCCUAUUUCUUCUUCUACCAGCAGCCUCCGUGUGGACCGGGAGCAGGACAUCAUCACCUGCUAUGAGAAGGCGGGGGACAUUGCCCUCUUGUACCUUCAGGAGAUAGAAAGGGUAAUACUUUCUAAUAUUCAGAACAGAAGUCCCAAGCCUGGCCCUGCUCCCCACGAUCAAGAACUAGGUUUUUUCCUAGAAACGGGACUGCAGAGAGCCCAUGUCCUCUAUUUCAAAAAUGGGAAUCUGACAAGAGGAGUCGGGCGGUUCAGAGAGCUCCUCAGAGCGGUUGAAACGAGAACAACCCAAAACCUGCGAAUGACAAUAGCCAGGCAGCUGGCGGAGAUCUUGUUGCGGGGUAUGUGUGAGCAGAGCUACUGGAACCCUCUGGAGGAUCCGCCAUGCCAGUCACCCCUGGACGAUCCUCUCCGGAAAGGAGCAAACACGAAAACCUACACCCUCACCCGGAAAGCCCGCGUCUACUCAGGAGAGAACGUUUUUUGUCCUCAAGAAAAUACUGAAGAAGCCCUGUUGCUGCUGCUGAUCAGUGAGUCGAUGGCCAACCGGGACGCUGUGCUGAGCAGGAUACCUGAGCACAAGAGCGACCGUCUCAUCAGUUUACAGAGCGCAUCUGUGGUCUAUGAUUUACUGACCAUCGCUCUUGGAAGAAGAGGCCAGUAUGAGAUGCUGUCGGAGUGCUUGGAGAGAGCCAUGAAGUUUGCCUUCGAGGAGUUCCACCUCUGGUACCAGUUCGCUCUGUCGCUAAUGGCUGCUGGAAAAUCCGCGCGUGCCGUGAAGGUGUUGAAGGAGUGCAUCCGCCUGAGGCCGGACGACGCCACCAUCCCGCUGCUGGCCGCCAAGCUGUGCAUGGGCUCCCUGCACUGGUUGGAAGAAGCUGAGAAGUUUGCCAAAACAGUGGUUGAUGCAGGAGAGAAAACGUCAGAGUUCAAAGCCAAAGGCUACCUGGCCCUGGGGCUGACGUACAGUCUGCAGGCCACGGACGCUUCUCUGCGAGGGAUGCAGGAGGUCCUUCAGAGAAAGGCGCUGCUUGCGUUUCAGAGGGCCCACAGCCUGUCGCCUACAGACCACCAGGCCGCCUUCUACCUGGCCCUGCAGCUCGCCAUCUCCAGACAGAUCCCAGAGGCUCUGGGGUACGUACGCCAAGCUCUUCAACUUCAAGGCGAUGAUGCCAACUCCCUGCACCUCCUCGCCCUCUUGCUCUCAGCGCAGAAGCAUUACCAUGAUGCUCUGAAUAUCAUCGACAUGGCCCUGAGCGAAUAUCCAGAAAAUUUUAUACUGCUGUUUUCCAAAGUGAAGCUGGAGUCCCUCUCCCGGGGCCCGGACGAGGCGCUCCUCACGUGUAAGCACAUGUUACAGAUCUGGAAAUCCUGCUACAACCUGACCAACCCCAGUGAUUCUGGACGUGGAAGCAGCCUCUUAGAUAGAACCAUUGCUGACAGACGACAGCUUAAUACAAUUACUUUGCCAGACUUCAGCGAUCCCGAGACAGGCUCCAUCCACGCCACGUCAGUCGCGGCCUCCAGAGUGGAGCAGGCGCUGUCGGAAGUGGCCUCGUCCCUGCAGAGCAGCGCCCCCAAGCAGGGCCCCCUGCACCCCUGGAUGACGCUGGCGCAGAUCUGGCUGCACGCAGCGGAAGUCUACAUCGGCAUCGGGAAGCCCGCGGAGGCCACGGCCUGCACGCAGGAGGCCGCCAGCCUGUUCCCCAUGUCCCACAACGUCCUCUACAUGCGCGGCCAGGUGGCGGAGCUCCGCGGGAGCGCGGACGAGGCCCGGCGGUGGUACGAGGAGGCCUUGUCCAUCAGCCCCACGCACGUGAAGAGCAUGCAGCGUCUGGCCCUGAUCCUCCACCAGCUGGGCCGCUACAGUCUGGCCGAGAAGAUCCUGCGGGACGCGGUGCAGGUGAACUCCACGGCCCACGAGGUCUGGAACGGCCUGGGCGAGGUCCUGCAGGCUCAGGGCAACGACGCGGCGGCCACCGAGUGCUUCCUGACGGCCCUGGAGCUGGAGGCCAGCAGCCCCGCCGUGCCCUUCACGGUCAUCCCCCGCGCGCUCUGA